AUGCAACAACAGAGAUUAUCUCUUGUUGAAAACGUUAGAAGUGGAUAUUUUUGUAAAGGUUCUUUAAUUCAGAACAUUGUUGUAUUAUGGGCGUCGAUAUCUCCUUCAGCUGUACUGCUUUUACCAGCAUGUAUGAGGGAAACUGGUAUUUUUCUGGGAGUUAUAAUAAUGAGCUUUGCAUGUACUACCCUAUUCUUUACACAAUUGAUUUUAAUGAAGGCUGCUGUUCAUUUGGAUGCAGAUAACUUUGGAAAUACAUUACUCAAGUCAAUUAUUUACAGUGAUUCUACAGAUAAACAUGAAAAUAAUAACUAUAGAGGACAAAGGACAUAUAGUAGUUUACAAACAAGAUUAAUUUCCCUUGCAGUUAAUAUACCAAUUUUCUUUGGUAUGGCCAUUAUGUUACCAUGUUUCUUACUUAUAUGGUGCUCGUGUGUCGAACAACUCACAGGACAGAUAACUAUAAAUAUCUUUCCGAAAUAUUUCUUUAAUAGACCAGUUAUAAUGAUGGGUAUUUGCUCACUUAUUAUGUUACCUUUUUGUCUCUACAAGGAAUUACAAGCAUCUCGUUUUAUUAGUUGGCUCUCCUUAAUCUCAGGAAUACUUUUUGCAAUAACAGUGAUCCAGUACUUCUUUACGGUUGGAGCAGAUGAAAAUCGUGGAGUUACUUUGUGGUGGAAUCCCAAUAUAACAUUUUCACAGUGUUUGAAGAUGUUGACUAUAUCAUGUUUUGCAUUUUCUAAUCAUGAAAAUUCCCCAACAACAGCGCAUGAAUUAAUCAAUCCAACAACAGGUAGAUUAUUAAUACUUUCUGGUACAGUUUCUAUCUCAUGUUUCAUACUAUUUGUAACUAUAACCAUUAUUUCAUACCUCACUUUUGGAAAUGCAACCUUACCAAGUGUUGCUUCAAAUUAUAAUAAUAGUAAAAGCUUCUUAGUUUUACUAUCAAAGAUCUGCUUAAGCAUUUCCAAUUUGGUAGCAUGUACUUUAUCAUUACAUGCGACAGUAUCAUCUCUCUCAAAUAUUAUAGUAGCACUGACAGUACCACUUGAACAGAUUAAUAUUAUACAUAUAGGGAAACAGUCAACUACUUUACAACCUAAUCCCUGGCGGGGAUCCUCAGUUGCAUCUGUUAAUAUCCUUGAAGUGUUCCAAACUGAAGAUGAGAUUGAGUCACAUCCAAAUAAUGAAAAUGAAGACUGUGCUACUAACAAAUCAGCUCUAUUAAGUACUCUAGAUUAUCAAAAUUAUAGAAAAAACACCCCAACUACUAUUUCGAAGCAGCAAGAUCAUACCUCUCAAAUUCUAUUAAAUUCUACUAUUUCUACAACAUUUAUACCCCAAAACAGCGAGGUAAAUAAGUUAUCUUCUAUAUCACUGAGGGGCUUUGGUGAGUUGUAUUGGUUCAAUAAAAAUAAAGCAAGUGAGAUGGUCAGUAUACAAAAGGAUUUAUUUGGAGAUAAACAUACUUCUAUCAAUACUUCAGGUCGUUUUAUAGUAGUUGUACUUUUUUUGUCAUUUUCAAUAGCACUAGCUGCAAAUAUGGGGGACCUCUUACUUUUAGUUGAGAUUGCUACUGGCUUUUUUGAAACCUUGAUAUGUCUCAUUUUACCAUUUGUUGCGUAUUUGAAGGUGUUCCGAACUUAUUGGGGUGCACCUUAUUUUAAGUACCCACUAACAAUAAUGAUAAUGCUAUGCACUUCUGGUUGCUUCGUAGCAUCAAUUUCAGCAAUAGUUAAUGUAUUCUUUUGA